CACAGAAAGAACUCCACGUGUCGCAAACAUAGCCUUCGAAAUCUGUUAACAUUAUACCCAACCCCCAGCCACUUUAAACUUCCUGGUACUGUGUAAAAGCAAAAACAGUUAUUUUUAAAAAAAAUGGUUACGGCCAUUACAAUUUCUUCCCUGAAAUCUACAAUCUUGCAUAAUCCAAUCUCCUUAAAAGAAUCUAGUCUUCUUGGUGGUUCCUUAAAAGGUUUUUCUUUACCAUUAAAACCCAGAAAUGAUAGAAGAGAUAACAUUAGUUUGGUGGUUGCUUCAUCAAGCAGUACCCCCGACACAAACAGUAACAACAGCAGCAGUGGCAGGUUUUAUCUAAAUUUUACAGGGUUUCCUUUCCCUCUGGGUCCUUUCCUCAAUAGACGCACUAUAAGAACUGAGGCUGUGAAAGGUAGUAUAUGGCUAUUCGAACAAGAGCAAGCAUUAGGCUUCAGCAGUGUCUCAACAAAUAUUCGAAUGACAGUAAUCAAACUCAAAUCUGGCGGAUUGUGGGUCCACGCACCAAUUGCUCCAACCAAGGACUGCAUUCAGCUAGUGAAGGAGUUGGGGGCUCCAGUAGAGUACAUUGUCCUGCCUACAUUUGCUUAUGAGCAUAAAAUUUUUGUUGGACCAUUUUCAAGAAAGUUUCCGCGGGCCCAAAUAUGGGUGGCACCAAGGCAAUGGAGUUGGCCAUUGAACUUGCCACUUGAGUUUUUUGGGAUAUUCCGUUCCAAAACUUUAAAAGAUGAGGAUUUAUCAACCCCAUGGGCUGACGAGAUUGAACAAAAAGUUUUAAGCUCGCCAGAAGUUGGAAUUGGACCAUAUGUAGAGGUAGCUUUUUAUCACAAACGUUCAAGAACAUUGCUGGUAACAGAUGCUGUUAUUUUUGUUCCAAGAAGGCCACUUGAAUGUAUUAGCAAGGAAUCCUUGUUAGCUUCAGCAAAAAAUGGUUUGGCUGUAAAACUUUUGAGUAAAGGAAAGGAAGUCCCUCAGGAACCAGUUGUUGACAACCAGAUGAACCGUCAAAAGGGUUGGGAAAGAAUGGUUCUCCAGAUUUUGUUUCUUGGACCAUCCAAUCUGUUGGAACCUAAUGCUAGCUUCACUCAAAUGUCACAGAAGUUGAUUGUUUCCCCUAUUGUAAAGACUCUAGUCUUCAGUAAAGUUCCUGAAAAGGUCAGAGAUUGGAUUGAUAGAAUUGUGCGGGACUGGAGAUUCAAGAGAAUUAUCCCUGCUCAUUUUGCUGCUCCAAUAACUGCAGGAAGGUCUGAUUUGUUAGCAGCAUUUGCUUUCCUGGAUGACCUAUUGGGCGAUCGUUAUGUUACUCGGCCUUCACUAUCUCUUCUAUUCACCUCACUUAUGGGAAAGGCUGCUAGUUACUUCCCACCAGAUGACAUGAAGACCUUGUCAUCCCUUGAUCAAUUUUUAGUCUCAGUUGGAGCUGUAAAGAAAACCGUCUCAGGGCGAAAAAGAAAAGCAGCCUGACUUAUAAUUGAAUUUAGCCACAAAAGGUUUCACCACCUUAAAUCCUUACACAUCUGUAUAUUAAGAUAUUGAUGGCUUUUCAUUGUACUAAAUGUUCAUAUCCAAUAAAAGUAUAAAGUAGAUUUAGAUGCUCCAAA